AUGAGCCCGGCCACCGCUCACAUGGUUUCAUGGAGUGGGGAGUUCGUGGGGACGUUCAUGUUUCUUUUCAUCGGCUAUGGCUGCAAUAUCGUCGGCGCGAACCAAGCAUCUGAGAAUGCCGUGAAUGGAUUUACGAGCAGCGAGACGAUCCUCUUCAUUGGUACGGGGUAUGCCGUGUCUUUGGCAGUGAACGUGUGGGUGGCGAUGCGGAUCAGUGGUAGUCAACUUAACCCAGCUGUUACCUGGGGCCAAUUUCUAGCCGGUAAUCUCGAGCCUCUAAGGGGUGCUAUCAAUGUCUCAGCACAACUGUUGGCCAGUGUUUGCGCUGGUUUACUUGCCGAAGUCAUAUACCCUGGCAGCAUUGGAAAAGCCAACACGACCCUGGGAACUAGGGCUACAACCGUGCAGGGAUUGUUCAUGGAGUUGUUCUUCACGGCACAACUGAUGCUGAUUGUACUCUUUGUCGGAUCUGAGAAAUCUAAGGACAGCAUCAUUAUCCCCAUAAGUGUGGGAUUGGCAGUGUUUGCUGGCCAACUUGCUGGCGUUGGCUUCACUGGCGCAUCGCUCAAUCCGGCACGAAGUUUCGGAUGUGCUGUGGCCAGUCAAUCCUUCCCCCAGUAUCAUUGGAUCUACUGGCUCGGUCCCGUCCUUGGAGCGAGCAUUGCUGCCGCCUACUACCGGUUCACCAAGUAUUUCAAGGACCAGGAUGGCCCCUGGGAGCCCGCAGUGCCCAUUGCCAUCAACGGAGUCGAGAUGGAUAUGUGGCAUGAUGGGAGGAAAGGUGUGUUCAACUUGUAACCCCACACUCAUCCAGGGUGUGGGGAACGUUGAAGGCGGUAAUGGAAAAGGCGUUAUGGACGGGAGAAUCCUGAGAGAUACUUCAGAACUCGCAAUUGCCAACGCUUAUUGAGAAUGUGAG